ACCUCUAUCAGCUUCAACGAUAGUGUCACGGAUACUAGAGUACGAUAGUUAGUGUAAACUGUAGAACUAAUCAGCUGUUUGCCGUGUACAAACCUCCGUAUAACGUACGAGGUUGUUUCAAUGGCCAUUGAUCUUUCGAUGUGUUAUGGCUAGUUUCUUGAAUGGGAAGGCGGCGGACAAAAUGUGCAGGUGCAGCGAUGACGGCAGCAAUUUCUACAUUCAGAUAAAUGUGAUAUCCAACCUGAAAGUACGAAAGAAAUUCAACGUGAAUUCGUACGCAUGAAAGAGCUCUCUCAUUUAUGAUACAACCCUUUAUAUCGAUAUCUUUGUUUAAAACCGCGUAUCAUCGCGAAGUUUAUCUAAAUGCAAUUGCAUUAAUAUUUCCAACCAAUAACUGUGUUCCACGUUACUACGUAUAUCGAAAAAAAUACGCAUCUGGAUAACUGAUAGAUUAUUGUCAGUAACGGAUUGUGCUACUGGUAACGUAAUUUUGAGGACAAACUAAUUGGAUCAUAAUAUCACGCUUGAUUUCAGUAGUUCUUGGCAUGUUGUUGGCACUUUAUUGAUCGAGGACGUGACAAGGUGAAUAACACCUGCUCAAGAUUACAGCCAAUUUUGCAAUUAACAAGCAGAGUGAUUACAAUAACUUCCUUUUUGCUCUGAAAACAAAGAAACAGGGAGUUAAAAACAGGGCUGUUAAGCAGACACUUACAGCUGAUAUCUCCGUUCAGAACUAGCAAAAUGAGUGGUGCUGGGAAAGUAGUGGAAUUCGAUUCUCUGGCUGGAGAUAUCCAGGAAUUGAUUAAAGCAGGGGUGGACGCUCGUACCUACUCAUAUUCCCCUUAUAGUAAAUUUAAAGUUGGCGCGGCACUUCGGUGUCAAGAUGGUACAAUAUGUAAAGGUUGCAAUGUUGAAAAUACAGCAUAUCCUGUAUCUAUUUGUGCCGAGCGAACUGCAAUUAGUAAAGCGGUUUCAGAUGGUAAGAGGAAAUUUGUGGCACUUGCAGUAAUCGCUGACUUGGACGAUACUUUUGUAUCACCUUGUGGCGAAUGUCGGCAAUUUAUUAUUGAAUUUGGAGAUAUACCAAUUUAUUUAGCAAAAACAAGUCUGGGAACUGUAUUUGAAACUUCAGCUGCAAAUAUGUUACCACUCGCAUUCGCCAUCUUAAAUAAUUCUGAAAAAUAGUUUACCAAUUUAUUAUAAAAUUCCUUGAUAAUACUAUUUAGAAUUUGUUGAAUAUUUUUAAAUAUAAACUUCACAAUCCUUCUGUGAGAAUAAUGUGCAUAUGUAAUGUAAUAUGUUGAAAAGUAGUGGAAAGAAUCUAUUAGACUAUAUAUAGGGAAUAUUCUGGUCUUGUAAUUACUAAUAUUUACAUUUUAUCGAUAAUGUAUUGACUAAUGGCGUGACGAUUGUUAAUAAUGUAAUAAAAUGUGUAAAUUUUUACUAUGCCAUAA